AUGUCCUCUGCUCAUGAUGCCACCACCAAGAUCUCCAUUGACACGUUCGACGGCGACAACUACGCGACGUGGAGCCGCUACAUGCGUGGCGUGUUCCUGACCAAGUCGGCGUGGCACGUGGUGAACCGGGAUACGUCGCUAAUCUACGCGGACGAUCGCGCCAUGGACGACUACGUCAAGGCCAACAACAUUGCUUUCGGACUGAUGCUGCUGCACAUGGACGCAGACUACCAUCACAUCGUCGAUGAAUGUGAAGAGGCGUGGGUCGCGUGGGCGCGUUUGAAGACGCUGUACGGCGGGUCGCAGAAGGCUGGACGCAUCUACUUGAAUCGUCAGCUGUUCAGCAUGGAGAUGGCGGAAGGCGGCAAUGUGAUGCAUUAUUGCAACGAAGUCCUCAACAUCAGCGCGAAGCUCAGCAGCAUCGGCGCCAAGAUGGAGGACGAGGACGUGGCGAUCUGCUUGUUGCGCAGCCUCCCCAAGAGCUACGAGAACGUCGUUCUCAACUCGGAGAUGAGCAGCGCGGAACUGCGAUCGCGAGACGUCGUGAGAGUGCUCACGAAUGAGCACAUCAAGAGGCAAGGUGACAAGACGACAUCGGUGAAGACUGAAGACGCGGCGAAGGCGUUCAGUGUCGAGCGUGAACCUCGCCAGUGUACAUACUGCGGAAAAUUGGGGCACACGGCGGAGCGGCGCUGGACCAAGCAGAAGGACGAAAAUCAAGGUGGAGCUCGACGCGGCGGCAACAGUGCUGUGGACGCGGAGCCAACAACGUUCAUUGGCGAACCAACAACAGCAACGACGACAACUACGAUCGAGUUGCGCUCGCGGUUUCGCUGGAGGCUGGACUUUUGA